AGUUUCCAGUAUUAACUAAAGGACUGCAAAAUGUGUUAAAUCAUGUAAGGCUCUUAGGAUAAUCUCUUGUAUGGGGCGGUGGGCGUGGUUUAACAUGUCGAUUACCCGCCCUGGCCACGUUACAGACCGAAUGUACAGCAAGGACGUUUACAGAGGAAAGAUCAAGAGUGGAUGUACGUUUAUAAAAGGCGCGUUUGGGGCACCAUUCAUUCCGAAGGAAUGGAAUUUUCCAUUUCUGAACUUUUAAAGACGCUGUCCGAAAACGAACAUAUCUUGCCUCCUUCCGCAUUGAAGCUGUCAGAAAUUGAUGUAGAUGAUCAACAUCGCUUGGAGCCCUUCCUUCAUUUUAGUAACACGCGCUGCUCAGUUCUUUAUUUCAAGACUGUAUCAUGAAAAUGGAAUGUAAACUCUUGCCAUUUCUAGACCAGAAGCCAGAGACAUCCUCCCCAAAAUAACUCUUGUGCUUCAUGAGAGCACCGUUGGAUAACAAAUCAAACCAAAACCAAACACAAACCAAAUAGAAAUUCAUCUGACAGACGACGGAUGCUUCCGUUUCCUUCUAGAAAAACAGCAAACCAAAGGCAUAAGAGUUUUCAUGUGCUUUUACUUUCAACUUUACCCAGAUAAACCAGUUUUUUGCAGACAAUUGCAUUUUGAACAAUAGCUCAAACAUGUUAAAAACGGGACCAGUGAUGGAGGCGGCAGAUAUUGCAGUUGUUGCACUUUAUUUUGUGCUUGUGCUUGUAAUUGGCCUGCUCGCCAUGUGGAAGGCCAACCAUAGCACUGUCAGUGGCUACUUCCUGGCAGGUCGAACUAUGAAUUGGUUUGUGAUUGGCGCCUCACUGUUUGUCAGCAACAUCGGCAGCGAGCAUUUCAUUGGACUUGCUGGUUCUGGUGCAGCCAGUGGUUUUGCAGUGGGUGCCUGGGAGUUCAAUGCCCUCCUGCUUCUGCAGCUACUUGGUUGGGUGUUCAUUCCAGUAUACAUCUACUCUGGGGUUUACACCAUGCCAGAGUACCUCUCCAAGCGCUAUGGGGGCAAGCGGCUAAAGAUUUACUUUGCAGCCCUCUCACUUCUGGUGUACAUCUUUACUAAACUCUCAGUGGACUUGUACGCAGGAGCUCUUUUCAUUCAGGAGUCUCUUGGCUGGAACCUCUACCUGUCGAUCAUCUUGCUUAUCUCUAUGACCGCCUUGCUGACAGUUACCGGUGGACUGGCAGCUGUGAUCUACACGGACACUCUACAGGCUGUGCUUAUGGUUGGCGGUGCGUUAACCCUCACCAUCAUCAGCCUGGUCAAGGUCGGUGGUUUGGAAGGGGUGCGGGAAAAAUACAUGGAGGCAGUCCCCAAUGUCACAGCCAUCCUGGCUAACAGCAACUUCAGCUUCCAGUACACAAACUCCUGCCGAAUCCAUCCCAAGCCAGAUUCCCUCAAGCUCCUACGAGGGCCGCUGGAUGAGGAUAUCCCUUGGCCAGGCUUCAUUUUGGGUCAAACACCCUCAUCCAUUUGGUACUGGUGUGCUGACCAGGUCAUCGUCCAGAGAGUGUUAGCUGCCAAGAACAUUGCCCAUGCCAAAGGCUCCACACUUAUGGCAGGAAUGCUGAAGAUCCUUCCCAUGUUCAUCAUUGUUAUUCCAGGGAUGAUCUCACGCAUAUUGUUCCCUGAUGAGCUGGCUUGCAUUGGACCAGAGCACUGCAUGGCUGUGUGCGGCAGUCAGGCUGGCUGUUCCAACAUCGCCUACCCUCGGCUGGUUAUGAGCGUGAUGCCGGUGGGUCUCAGGGGGUUAAUGAUGGCUGUGAUGAUCGCUGCCCUCAUGAGUGACCUAGACUCGAUUUUUAACAGCGCUAGCACCAUCUUCACACUGGACAUUUAUAAAAUGCUGCGUGUAUGUGCCUCCUCCCGUGAGCUGGUGAUCGUCGGCAGGUUUUUUGUGCUAUUCAUGGUAACUAUCAGCAUUGCUUGGGUGCCUGUCAUUAUUGAGAUGCAAGGUGGCCAGAUGUACCUGUACAUCCAGGAAAUUGCAGGAUACCUCACUCCACCCAUUGCGGCCCUUUUUCUACUUGGAGUCUUCUGGAAGCGUUGCAAUGAGACCGGUGCAUUUUGGGGUGGCAUGACUGGGUUCGUACUAGGCACUGCCCGCCUCUUCCUUGGGUUCAUAUAUCGUGAGCCAAAAUGUGACCAGCCGGAUGAACGGCCAGCUUUCAUCACAGAUGUCCACUACAUGUACAUUGCUGCCGUGCUGUUUUGGAUCUCAGGGCUGGUGGCUGUGUGUGUCAGUCUGUGCACAUCUCCACCAGAAGAGGAGAAGGUCAAGCGUACCACAAUAUGGGGCUUGAAAGAACUUAAACGCCUUCCUGUGACAAAACGAGAGGAGAUGUACAAACUCACUAAUGGCAGUGGCGAUGGUGUUCUCAAGAAAGAUGUUCCAGAAGAUGUCCAAAAGGAAAGAUGUCUUGAUGGGGCUGACAUGACCCUCCUUAUGCCCUCCCCUUGUGAGCAAGAUCCCAUGACCCCCAGCACAGAGGCAUCCACACCGAUGGAGCUGUAUGCCAAUGGUCAUGCAAACCUUGUAAAACAGAAGAAUCAAGACAAGUGUGAUGAAGAGAGCUGCCUGCAAGUGUUUGACUGGAUUUGUUGUCACAAAGAGAAAACAUCUGUUGUCGAACCCAAAGUGGUUGAAGAAGAUGAAGGAGCUGUCCGUGAAUUGCUUCAUGAACCUCCUAAGAUCAAGCUCUUACUUAACUUAGGCCUGGUAUUUGUCUGUUCACUGGGUGUUUUCAUGUUUGUGUACUUCUCCUUGUAAUAUGCUGAUCUCGCGGUACCAUAAGGCCUGUCUGAAAGAUAGCACAUUUAUAUAAACUAUUUGUUAUUAUAUGCCAUUUAGGGUCUGUAAUAUUUACAGUGUGGUUUAUUUUUAUUUUUAAAACUUGCUUCUCCAUACUGGUAGAGGUUAUUUAUUCCUUUACCUUGGUUCUGUCAUACCUCCUUGAAAAUAUUCAGCUGUUCUUUGUGUUGUGUUGACAACCAAAUAGAUUAUUGAGACCAUAGCUUUUUUUACAGUUUAUAUACUUGGUUGAGCUAAGGUAAUGUAGGAUGUACUAUUUUUAUUCCUUUGUGAAUUUUGCCUUAAUGUGUGCAAUCCUCCAAACCAAAAUGUGACCCUGAAGCACAAAACCAGUUAUAAGUGAUUUAUGAUCAUCUGAAAGCUGAAUAAAUAAGCUUUCCAUUAAUGUAUGGUUUGUUAGGAUCACCUUUGAAGUUGUCCAAAUGAAUUUCUUAGCAAUGCAUAUUACCAAUCAAAAAUGUAUGUUUUUAUAUAUUUAUGGUAGGAAAUGUACAAAAUAUCUUCAUGGAACAUGAUCUUUACUUAAUAUCCUAAUGAUUUUUUGGCAUAAAAGGAAAAUCUAUAAUUUUGACCCAUACAAUAUUAUUUUGGCUAUUGCAAAAAAAUAUACCCUAGCGAUUUAAGACUUGGUUUUGUGGUCCAGGGUCACAAAUGAGGGCAGUUUUUGUCCUCAAGCUAUUUUUUCCAAUCAUAUAGUAGUAUGUAAAUGUGUAAGGAAGUUGUCUUCUGCAUAUGCAGACUGUUAGGACUAACGAAUUUCUAAAACCAGACCUCACAUGUAAAUCUGUCACCUGUGUAACUGGAAUAGUGUUUCCAAAGUUUUAAAUGUGAGAUAGAAAUGGUGAAAAUGAAGAAUUUACAGUGACAAUAGGUGGGUAUCAUGAUGUUAAAUUUUUUAUUUAAAUAGAGCAUAAGGAUUUGUGCAGAGCCGUGAAGACAUUGUUUUUUGUAAAUAUAACACUUAAUGUGAAAAAAUAAAUAAUAAUAAAAAAGACUUCCAAGAUGUUAUCACUACAAAACAACUUAAUUCUAAAAUGCAGAGAGUGGUUAUAUGGAUGUUACUAAAUGACCAUAAGGGCUGCCACAGAAAAAAGACUCUAGCUGGGGAACAAUGUCAUUAAUAUGUUAAUAACUGAUACCAUUACUGAUAUUAUGAUCCCAAAACAUGAAGACUUGGAUGUCCAGUUUUGAUUGCUGCACAAAAUAGUAUCUUGUUCUUCUAGAAGAAGAAUUUGAUUGUGGCUGCAGUAACAGGCGUUGCCUGUUGUUGAUCUGCUGUUGAAUGCACUAUUUGUUCAGAGAAAGGGCAACUGCUGGAUGGCCUUAGUGAAAAUGAGAUGUGCUAGAGGGAUUUUCUAGACAGAUGUAACUUAUUUUUUUUAAGUACAAGUUCACAAUGUUGUAUUAAUACCUUGAGAAGAGACCUUAAAUGUAAUGACAUUUAAAUUCAGAAAUUGUCAAAAGAGUUGUAGAAAGGUUUCUUUAAUGGGACUGCAAAAGGUAACUUUUUAUCAUUCCAAAUAAAGUGAAGUAGGGAUAAAGUCAUUGGAGAGCUAUUGUUUUACAAUAUAAAUAUCUAUGUAAAAUCACUCCAUAUGUUUAAAUCCAUUUUUGUACAGAUAUCUCUUUGUAAAAGUGGUACAUGAAUAAAAAGAAAAUGUUCAA